AAAUAUUGCUGUUUAGAAAUGCUUUCAUUUGAUAUAAAACAAUUGAAGAUUAAGCAGAAGAGGGGCGCCAAACUUUUUAUUGAAUCAAUUGGUUCCAAGCUCAAGCCAUGUACGAAAACAAGGUCACAAUCUGUAAAUAAAUCCACAAUUAACUCAAAACAAGCAAAGGGAAACCGGAUUACACUGGAAGCAGAGACUGACCGGAUGAUAAACGAUAUAGUAACUUUUUGAAACAACAUGACCCUUACGACACCUGAGAUAAGGAAUAAAACAAUUUCUGAUCAAUUUAACAGCGUAAAUUACUUAAAAUCAAAGGUAAGGAAGAGUAGGAAUGACUCGAUGUAUUUCCGGAAUGACUCAGGACAAUCCUACACCAACAAGUACCCCUAUGGCAAUAUUUCAACCAUUAGUGAGAGUUCAGCCUGGUCACCAGCAAAAGAUUUAACAACUUUUGAUUUUUCAAAUGUGUUGAAAGGACCUGAAAAGAGGAAGUUCAAGCUUCGAAGCAUAGCUUGCUCGAAAAGGUUCUCCCAGAGCUACAUCCUCAAGCCAAAGGAACUGAUGACCAAGAAGAACAAAGAUCUGUUUGACAAGACUCUGAAUAACGUUCGGAGAAAGAAUACUACUGAUUUUUCACAAUUCAAGGCUAAAAUCCCAAAGAAGAGGUUUAAACUAAAGGCAAUGCAGAUUAAGGUUCCCAGCUAUGAAACUUUGAGUUACUCCCAGAAAUUGGAAUACAUCGUUCUCUACAUUAAGAAAUACUUAAAGCUCAAAGAUAAGGAGGAAGAAGUCAACACUCAAGGUGCCAAUAAGGAUAGAGACAAGAAGGUCAUUCAGACCUUGAAGAAUCUCUGUGCUGGAACUGGUCAGUUCCAGCUCAAGUUCUACAGCUGCAAGAUUCUUGGAGAUUACUACCUCGAAAAUCAGAAGAUUCAACUGGCUGAGGAGUGAUAUUUGGAGCUUAAGAAAGAAUCAGAAAGCCAGAAGCAGAAUUAUGAGACUAUGGUGAUGUACGCACAGCUUUCGUACUGAGCCAGGCUCAAGAACGAGCAUGAAAAAGCUCUAAGAUUAGCUAAGAAUCUACUCAAGAAUGUCUGGGUGGUCAAGGAAAAUACUACACCUGAGCAGAGACAAGAAAUGGAGCUUCAAGCUUACUUUAUCAUGGCUUAUGAACAUUUUUAUCUGGGGAAUUUCAAAAAGUUCAAGUUUUAUAUGCACAGAUAUGAAAAAGGAAUCUGAGAAGAUGAUAAUAGCAUGCUCAAGAAGUUAUUUGAAGAGGCAGAGCUUUCAAGGAAGAAAGCUAUAGAACGACUCAGCAAAGCUGGGGAAUCAUUGAGGCAUAAUCUCAGUGAGGUUGUGAAUCUCCCUUCUCCAAGUCAGUCUACUUCGAAUGGACUUAAUGCUAGGUCUAACACUUCAAAGUUUGGGAAGACAUCCUUGUCUGCAAUGAAAGAGUAUGGUCAGACAACUCUUGGAGUGAGGAGAGAGAACUCAGUUCAAGGUAACAGCAGGAAUUUUGCAAUCAAGGAAGUUCACACUACAGACAGUAAAUAACCCAAAAAUGAAGAAUAACAGACUUUUCUCUCUCUUCUUUGACCAAAAAUUGGAUGAAAAGCCUCCUAAUAUUUAUGAUCGGAAGAUCUUCAGAGGACUUAGGAGUGAGAAGAAGUCUGCCCUUUGUGGAGAUGAUUAUGAAAAGGUUAUCCAGAAGGCUAACUCCAACAUGAAAUCAAGGAGUUAUUCAACCAAUAUUGCUAAUUUGAAGAAAUCACCUCUCGUCUUUGAUAAGAGUAGAAUAAUGUUACUGAAGAAGCCCAGCAAGUCAAGAUUAGCGAUGAUUAAGACCCAUCAAAACAAGGCGAGAUAUGAGGCAGUUAACCAGUCAUCAUACUCGCUCAAGCAAGGCCUUCUCGAUUUGAUCAAGAUGUGCACAGUGCUUUUGGAAAGAAAAUAA